AUGGGCGCCGCGAUAAAUGCGAGGAACCUUGCGGCGAUGGCUGCUGGUUUCGCGGCUGGACAGGGGGGCGCUGCAGCGUCCAACACGCCCGUCGCUUCCGGGAAGCCCCAAACACAGGCGGCUGCACUGGCUGACCCGGCGAUGACACCACAGAGGAUUCCGAGAAAGUCCCCCAAGGCCUGGCCUACCCUGAGGGGCCAGAAGGCCGCCAUCGACGUGACCAACACGGCGCCGAACAGGAAGCUCCUAGGCGCAUACACAUCGCUGAUCAAACUAUCCGAGGAGCUCCAGACGCACCUCCGGAGGCAGAACGAGCUCUCGGCGUCCAAGGAUCCCACCGAGGAGGUGGCCAAGAAGUGGCGGGCGACGUGCCGCAAGGCCCGCGACGAUAUCCUCGAGCUGGCGGCGUCGGCCAAGACCGGCGGGUCGACCAACGUGCCCAUGGCCUUUGGGACCGUGCAGAUUCCGCCGUCGGACCAGUCGGCGCAGACGGCGCAGCUCAACACGGCGAUGCAGGGGGUGCAGAUCGCGCAAUCGGCACUCGACAACGCCGAAAACGCCUACAAUGCGGCGGUUGAGAAGCAGGAACGCAUGGCCAAGGCCAUGGCCACGAUCCAGGCCAGGCUGAAGAAGCUGCAGACGACGGGCAAGACGCUCGAGGAGAUCAAGACGGUGCUGCAGGACUGCAUCCAGGUGCUGGCAGACCUCAUGGUGCAGAUCACCCGCCUGGAGCGUUUCUUUAUCGCGCUAACCACUCUCAUCGACGUGCUCGUCAUGCCGCGGGCCAAGCUCUUCGAGCGGGACGUCGGCAAGAUUGGGCGACGCGGCAUGCUGGCGGGUGUGCUCCGGGUCGAGGACGUGGACAAGCAGGCCAUCUACGCGUCGACGCUCCAACUCAAGGCGUACUUCUCGCUGCUGGAGGACAUUGCAACCAUGUACACGAUCGUGCACCGCGAGCACAUCGUCGGCGGCGUGGAGCUCUGCUACGAGCUGUCCAAGGGUGUCACCCGCAACGACGGCAUGCCGGAGCAGCAGGAGAAGCUGACCAAGUACACCGAGAAUGCAUCGGCCUUGGUGGCGGCCUUGGUGGCGGACAAGCAGCGGGAAAUCUUGCGGACCCUGCGCGCCCGCGACGAGACAGCCCAGAUCGAGGCCGAGAUGGCUCGCUUCAAGAUCGCCCCUGUCGACGACGCCGCGAAGCUGGCCAUCGAGAACGGCGCCCGCGAGCAACAAGCCGUCGCGCAGGAGUUGCUGGCUAGUGAGCCUAGCGUUACUGUGGCGGCGGUACGCGUGGCCGAGGAGUCGGAGGGGGUCGAUGCCAACGAGCUGUGA